AUGGCUACAUCAACUCUGCCGAAGAACACUGGCAACAACAACGAAGAAUUUCCCAUCAUAGACUCGCACAUUCACCUAUACGCCGCAACACACAUCCCAUCGCUAAACUGGACGGCCGAUCUACCCAGCACUCAUCCGUUGAAUAGACAAUACUCUACGAGCGAUUACUUGUCCGCAACAGAGGCCUAUUCUUCUGCGCUCCUAGGCUUCGUCUUUCUCGAAACAGAUCGCAAAUCCGGCCUGCACGAUGACCAAUGGACCGAUGCGCUCAACGAAGUUGAUUUCCUGGUUCGAGUUGCCCGGGGUGAACCGCGAGAAGGCGAAGGCCACGCCCCGGAAGACAAGAGGUUGGUGUUGGGGAUUGUACCCUGGGCACCCCUCCCCAACGGCAAGGACGGACUGGCGCGCUACAUCCUGCACGUCAAGCAGCACGCAGCGGAGAAAUGGGAUCUAAUUAAAGGGUUCCGGUAUCUCGUCCAAGAUAAACCCCCGGGCGUCAUGCUGCGGCCGGAGUUCAUCGAAGGACUGCGUGGGCUUGGGAAAAUCAAGCUCAGUUUCGAUCUUGGUGUUGACGCUCGGUCCGGCGGCAUGGGCCAGCUCCAAGAGGCGUGUGAGAUGAUGGAACGACUCUACUCUUCGACCGAGGAGGAUAAGAGUCAACUGACGAUGGUAAUCAACCAUCUUUGCAAACCAAACUUACGGCUCGCUGCCCCGGAGGCGCGAGGUGGCCAUCCCGACUUUACCAAGUGGAAAGAAUGCGUUUACCAAAUGGCCGGUUACAAGUCAACGUACAUGAAACUGUCGGGCAUGUUCUCUGAACUUCCAGAGCGGACCGCCGAUCAACCCACAGAGAUCUCGGCGCUUGUCGAGCAUACGAAACCCUGGGUCGAUGUUGUGUUUGACGCCUUUGGAUCCGAGAGGAUCAUGUUCGGCUCAGAUUGGCCCGUCUGCAAUGUGGGAGGGCCGGGGAUCGCAGCGUCAUGGAGAUAUUGGCACGCGCUUGUCGCUGCAAUUCUCGACGCCCAAGGCCUCACGGCGCAGGAAAAGGCCAUGGUCUGGUCAGGCACGGCGGUCAAAGCAUAUGGCAUCAAGAUAACUUGA